AUGUCCCCAACAAAAAAUCCUUCACUUGGUUCAAAUUCUAGUGAAACUGAGAAAACUGCAACCCUUAGUCAACCGAGUACCAGCAGAGCUAUCGUGAAUGUAAUCUGUAAGCAAAUAAUUCCUCCCAACCGAGUCGUAGUUACAAACAAUUUGUUAAGAAGCUUAUGCACUAGCAAGAAAGGGUAA